AUGGCAGAACCAGGACUCGAAGCUUCGUCGUCCACGGCGCUGCCUCCCUUCCUGCAGCUGCCAGACGAACUCAUCACCUCAAUCUUCCAGCUCAUCCCAAAAGACAUUCUUCCAGCCAACAAGCCCUCAGCCCAGCACCCCCACCUCGCCAACUAUCAGACUUUCUCUUCCCUCGCACGCAUCUGCAAACGCUUCUCCAUCGUUGCUCGACCUCUACUCUACACCUUCAUCACAACCGAACACGUAAGUUGGCGCGUAUCAGAACGGGACUGGUACACCGACGAAUCCGUGGAUUUGCACCGGCUGGUCCGCACUCUCUGCGAAAAGCCAUACCUGGCGCGGUUCAUUCGAGGGCUUCGACUUCCGGGAUGCAGGUCGCGCCGUUGGGAGCACACGCCGGUGGUGGUGAAUGGAGAGCUGUUCCGCGAGACGAUCGUGCGCGUUGUGGGAGGCGGAGAAUUGUGUGAAUCAAUCAUGCACGCGCUCGAGUGGGGCUGCGAGGCGGCGUACGUGACGAUCCUGAUGAUGUUGGCGCCAAAUGUCAAGAGCUUCGACAUGGACUGGCAAGACGAUGACCGUCAUCGAUUCCAUGGCGGGUCUGUGGGCAGGGACUGCUUGAACAAGACUGUGAGCGUGCUGUUCCGCCAUCUUCAAGCUGCGCGGGCGAAGGAAUCAAUCCCGACCAUCGAGGACAUGGGAUUGCAGAAUUUGCACACGUGCAAUCUCCAAGACCUCUCGCCUGCUGAACUCGCGAGCAUCAUCUCUAUACCAUCGCUGCGCACAGUCAAGGCGAGCUUCUUCCACCGGGAUCCAAAGUGGCAUGUUGUUCCAGAGUUCACCGCUGGACCGAGUGGGGUGACCUCGCUAGAGUUGACUGACUCGAUGGUGGAUCCUCGCUGGAUGGAGACGAUUGUUAGAGGCUGUCGAAACUUGCAGAAUUUCACUUACAAGAUUGUCCAGCCUCCGAAUUUGAGCCAGCACCACCCGCAGACGGUAAACCCAGAAACGAUCGGGGCAGUCUUGGACGGACUUCAACACUCGCUGAUGACGCUGCGAAUCAUCGACGCCACAGAAGCUGGCUACGUCUUCCACGCUUCGCGAGGCGCUCUUGGUUCACUGGCAGAAUUCCACUGCUUGACCGAUCUUGAGAUCGACGAGGAGGCCUUUUUCGGCAUGCCUGACAACACGUAUUGGAUGAACCGCAUCGGAUACAUUCCACCAGACCUGGACUUCUUUCCGCCGAACUUGAAGACUCUCACAUACCACACGUAUGCCUGGGCACACUGCGUUCCGGAUCUCCUUUGGGAUCUGGGCGAACUGGCAGACCGCGGACUCGAUGAGCUCAUCAUUUCGUGCCCGACAGACAAAGAGAACAGGUUCCGGCCGGACAGGAUCCUGAACAUGGACUACUUCAAGCCCGUCCAGGAGCUCAUUGGGAAGCCUGAUCGCGGCGAGGACCUUCUCAUCAAGCACCGCUACGGCUUUGACUUUAACAGCGGGAGGGAUCGUAUGGACUUUCAGCUUCGGAGCCUUCAGACACGCACAUAUCCCAACGUUCGGGAGACGGCUGAUAUGCUGUGGGAUCAUGGCGUGUGGGGUGUACUCACGUACCAGGCUGAACUUCCGCAGGUCUGGGAGGACGAGACCGUAUAUGGCGAGGCUCUGACGAGCAUGUUCGAAGAGACGGACGGCGCAGAUGAAGGAGAGACGGUUGCAAAGAUUGCAGACGUGUUCAACGCCUUGACGACCGUCGAACUCGACAUGCAUUUGCUGGUGGGCAAUAAUGGGCAGACUGUCUUCAGUGAAGCUGUAGGAGAUUUACCCAUCAAGCUGAAGAAUCUCACCAUCCACACCUACCUUCAUGUAUCCGAACUCGUCAUCUUCACCAACCAGUUCAACAGCCUCAAAGCCAAAGGCGUGGAGUCUUUCGAAGUCACCUUCCCGAAUAUCUACAUGUCUUCAACCGGUGACUUUCUCUACCGCAGCAGCCACGCUAUGUUCCGCAACGUCGAAAACAUGUCGAGCAAAGGUCGGCGUUUCUUCCUUCGGUACGAGUCCUACAAGGGUGGCAUGAGGGUGACGUUCAUGUGCUGGGAGCUUCAGCAGUGGUCGGAGUCUGAGUUCAACCACUUGAUAUCCUCGAUCGCUGGCGGAAAAUUGCUGGUUUGGUCGACGCUCAACGUCCUGAUGUCUGGGAGGAUGAGAGCGUGA